CCUGGCCGGCGCCGCAGUCGGCGCGGGCCGCGCCCGCCGCCAUAAACUGCCCUGAGCGCCAGAUGAGGCCGAGGGAGACGUCGGGGCCUGCACUUGGAGGGAGCCUGCCGCGCUGGCCCCAAGGAGGGGGCGUUGCCAUGGCGACAGCCUCUCCUGCUGCUGACGGGGGACGGGGGCGGCCCUGGGAAGGAGGGCUGGUCUCCUGGCCACCUGCCCCUCCCCUUACUCUCCCCUGGACUUGGAUGGGCCCGAGUUGGGGGCAACACCCCGGGCAUUGGGGCUUUCCAGCUCUCACAGAACCUUCAGCAUCCCCCGCUGCCAGCCUUGGCAUCUUCGAAGUAAGGAGAGUUUUAGAUGCUUCUGGAUAUUCAAUGCUAGCACCUUUGCAGACUGGAGCAGCUCGAUUUUCUUCAUAUUUACUUUCAAGAGCAAGAAAAGUGCUGGGCUCCCACUUAUUUUCUCCCUGUGGUGUUCCGGAGUUCUGCUCCAUAUCCACCAGAAAGCUGGCGGCCCACGGCUUUGGCGCAUCCAUGGCGGCAAUGGUGUCCUUCCCUCCCCAGAGGUAUCACUACUUUUUAGUGCUGGACUUUGAGGCCACGUGCGACAAGCCACAGAUUCAACCUCAGGAAAUCAUCGAGUUCCCCAUCCUGAAGCUAAAUGGCCGGACCAUGGAGAUUGAGUCUACCUUUCACAUGUAUGUCCAGCCUGUAGUCCAUCCACAGCUUACUCCCUUCUGCACAGAGCUCACCGGGAUUAUUCAAGCCAUGGUGGAUGGUCAGCCAAGCCUGCAGCAAGUGCUCGAGAGGGUCGAUGAGUGGAUGGCGAAGGAAGGCCUCUUAGAUCCAAACGUCAAGUCAAUUUUUGUCACCUGUGGAGACUGGGACUUAAAAGUCAUGCUCCCAGGCCAGUGCCAGUACUUGGGCUUGCCAGUGGCAGAUUACUUCAAGCAAUGGAUUAAUCUGAAAAAGGCUUACAGCUUCGCCAUGGGCUGCUGGCCCAAGAAUGGACUUCUAGACAUGAACAAGGGUCUCAGCCUGCAACACAUAGGCCGGCCCCACAGCGGCAUUGAUGACUGCAAGAACAUUGCCAACAUCAUGAAGACACUUGCAUAUCGAGGCUUCAUCUUCAAGCAGACAUCGAAGCCGUUCUGAUUGGCCGAGGACAGGAUGGGGCAGUACAGGGUAGCUGCUUGGCCCAGCCCAGAACCCUCCUCUCCCUCGCCAGAGGGGAAAAGGGAGAGUAGCACAGCUCUACGUCCAGAGUGUCCCCCCGGCCUGCCCUGUGGGCUUGUGCCCUAGGUAAGGGCUUGGCCACCUGGUCCCUCCUGAGCAGAUACUUUGUGGCCCCCCCCCACCCACACCCCCCCCACCCAG